ACUUACUGCUGGAUGCAGCUGUGGACUACAAAUUCCAGAGGCACCUGGAAGCAGAGAGGAAGUGAUGAGCAACACUGCAGAGUCCUGAUAAGUGUACUUAGUGGAAUUGCUGUUGCCAGUAUGUAUCAUUCCAUAUCUGAAACCAGUCAUCCCUUGCAGGCAGAGGAACAAGAAAUAGGCAUUGAUCCCUUGCAGAGUUAUUUAAAUAAGCCUGAUGAAGGAGGAUCAAGUGAGAAUGGAAAGAUGCAUCACACCUCAGAUUCGAAUGGAACAUUUAUUUCUUACAGUAAAGAAUGGGAAGAACUAUUUGUAAACAACAAUUACUUGGCAACAAUACGGCUGAAGGGGAUUAAUGGGCAGCUGAGAAGCAGCAGGUUCCGUAGUGUUUGCUGGAAGCUGUUUCUAAAUGUUCUACCCCAAGAUAAAUGUCAGUGGAUAGGUAAAACUUCAAACUUAAGAACAUCAUAUAACAAGAUUAAAGAGAUACAUAUAACAAACCCUCGAAAAGCUGGGCAGCAAGACCUGAUUAUCAACAAUCCACUUUCACAGGAUGAGGGGAGUCUUUGGAACAAAUUUUUCCAGGAUAAAGAGCUUCGAGCAAUGAUUGAGCAAGAUGUGACAAGAACAUUUCCUGAAAUGCAGUAUUUCCAGCAAGAGAAUGUGAGAAAAAUUCUUACAGAUGUUCUGUUCUGUUAUGCUAGAGAAAAUGAGCAGUUGCUUUAUAAACAGGGUAUGCAUGAACUUUUAGCGCCGAUAGUCUUUAUCCUGCAUUGUGACCACCAAGCUUUUCUACACGCCAGUGAAGCUGCCCAGCCAAGUGAGGAAAUGAAAGUUCUUUUGAACCCUGAAUAUCUGGAACACGAUGCCUAUGCGAUGUUCACACAUCUUAUGCAAACUGCGGAACACUGGUUUUCAACUUUUGAGCAUGACAGUCAGAAGGAGAGAGAUGCAAUGAUGACACCUAUGCCAUUUGCCAGGCCACAGGAUUUAGGCCCAUCUAUUGCUAUUGUAACUAAAGUAAACCAGAUCCAAGAUCAUCUGCUGAAGAAGCACGAUAUUGAGCUGUAUAUGCAUCUGAACAGGCUAGAAAUUGCUCCACAGAUUUACGGACUACGAUGGGUUAGACUGCUUUUUGGACGAGAAUUUCCACUUCAGGACCUUCUUGUUGUUUGGGACGCAUUAUUUGCUGACAGCAUCACUCUCGAUUUAGUUGACUACAUUUUUGUAGCUAUGUUGUUAUAUAUUAGAGAUGCCUUGAUCUCAAGUAACUAUCAGACCUGUUUGGGACUUCUGAUGCAUUAUCCACCAAUUGGAGAUGUACAUUCACUCAUCCUAAGAGCACUCUUUCUUAGAGAUCCAAAGAAAAAUCCCAGACCAGUGACUCACCAAUUCCAACAGAAUUUAGAUUAUUACAAAGCACGUGGGGCGGAUUUGAUGAAUAAGACUCGUGCCAGUGCUAAGGUUGCUCCACUGAACAUUAAUAAAGUCUCCAAUAGCUUGCUUAACCUUGGUCGAAAGCUGAUUGCACCAGCUAUUGCUUCAGGUAGUGCUUCAGGCUCAGCUAUUGGUAGUAGUAGUAGUAGCAUCAGCAGCAGCUUUCCUUCGGGUGCGGUGCCUAUCAGAAGCACAGCAGAAGCCUCCCAGCUUUACUACCACCAGCAGGCACAGCAGCAACAGCAGAGAAUGAUGAAAUCAGAAAGCAUGCCAGUCCAACUGAGCAAAGGCCAAAGUUCAAAGAAUGUCAGCGCAUCUCCAAGCACAGAGAGCUUGUCCGGAGGACGUGAAUAUACGGGGUCUCCUCCCUUGUCUGCAUCCAAGAAAGAUUCCUUUUUCAGUACCAUCUCCCGUUCUCGUUCCCACAGCAAAACUAUGGGAAGGAAGGAGUCCGAGGAAGAACUAGAGGCCCAAAUUUCAUUUCUCCAAGGACAGCUAAAUGACCUAGAAGCCAUGUGUAAAUACUGUGCAAAGAUGAUGAACACACAUCUUGGAAAUAUUCAAGAAGUCAUAUUACAAGAACACUUGGAGAAAGAAGAUGAAAUUCUGGUAUCCCUGGCUGGUUUGAAGCAGAUCAAGGAUAUUCUGAAGGGUUCUCUACGUUUCAAUCAGAGUCAGCUGGAGGCUGAAGAAAAUGAGCAGAUCACAAUAGCAGAUGAUCAUUACUGUUCUUUGAGUCAAAACAAGGAGACAGGGGAUUCCCUAAAAGGACCUGUUUUGAUGAAGCCAUGCUCGCUCUCAGCAUGUCAGGCUAUCACUAAACCAAGAACUGGAGAGAGCAGAAGCACUGAUGACUAUAUCCUGGUUUCCAAAGAAGAGGAAGGAAACAGAAGUUCUCUGCCUGAGCAUAGACUCCUUCAAGCACACAGGGAGGGAGCCAUGAAGAAUGAGGCUCCAUCUCGCUCUUCUUUGGUCUUCUCUGAUCCUCUCAUGGGCUCUGUUUCAGCAUCUUCUAGUAACCUAAGUUCCAGCCCUGAUGAUGACAGUAGCAAUAAUAGCAAGGAUUCUGACUUCACUAUUGUUAGUCCUUUGGACAUCUAAAUAUAAACAGCUUUGGAGAGUUUGUGAGGUCAAUUACUACACCUCAGCUGAAAUAACUUUGAUUCCACAGGGCAAGAUGACUCAGGAAGACAAAAGGUAUGCAAAGUAACCCAUUUCAGCUGCUAGAAGCCUAAAUAGUAAAUCAGAGCAGAAAUUUGGUUGCAUCUCUUAAAGAAAAAAAAAAAAAGAAAGAAAAGAAAAAGGAGAAUAUCCUUAAUAACUGAUUGAAAUACACACAUUGGCGUAGCCAGGUCUAAUAUACAACUGCUGUUAGUAGUAGAAUUAUCUUAGUUAGCAUCUUCAGUUACUAAAAAACUGUUUUUCAUCACCUAAAACAAUAUAUUGUAAUGGUUAGUAAAUUAGUUAAUACUUGACAUAACACCUAAAAAUAGAGGCAAAGCUCAGCUAAUUAUUUACUUCUUCAAAAUGUGCCAUGUUGGGUUUUCUUCAUAAGAAAGCUAUUUCUUCAAGGAGAGAAAAAGAAGGGAUGUAUAUCAAAAGGACUACAAAUAACAACUGCAAGUCAUAAACAGCAGAAAUGUCUUGGUAGUCUCCUUAAAAAGAGAAACACUGAACAAGAAAAGAGCAGCAGAUCAAGUGUAAGAGAGCAUCAGUUUAAGUUUAAAAUAGCAACUUUAAAUUGCUGGGAAUUUAGAAUAUCAAUUAGAUGAUCUUGAAUUUUAAUAUUUAGUCAAAUGAUUGAAUGUGUUGAGUAAUGAUCCUUUGGAAUAGCUAAAUGACUCUAAAUGUUUAAGAACUGCAUGGCCCCUUUUGUUUAUAGAAACAAAGUUAAUUCCUGUUGAUGAUUUUUGUUCACAAAACUCUGUCAAGGUUGAAAAAAUAACUCGCUGACAAAACAUAUGACCUGAAAUCAUCUCCAUUAUAAGUUGACUAGAAACACUGUCCACUUCCCCAAAAGAGUUUUGAAUUUGAAGGGACCGCAUGAUUUUGUUUGUUCACCCACAGAAAACUGAGCUGGCUUUUGCUGGAGGGUUGCUUCUCUCCUCAGUAGGAGCCUCUGCUUCCUGAUUAUAGAUGUAGGCUGCAGGCCUAUUUAUGAAAAAAGUGAGAUAGAGGUUGAAAAUGGAAAUUUUGAGGAAACAGCAAAAUACGGACUUGUUUAAAAUCUUUUUACCUUAUUGGAGUAAUUAGUUCUGUUGGGAUAAGGAAAAAAAGCGAGAGAACUAUACUUUGAUCCCAGGGGCUUCCCUCUUCAGUGAGAGAAUGGUUAUUAAUGAAUAAAUUUAUUAGUUUUGGGUCUAAAAGAGGUCAUUUAAAAAAACUAAUGGAGACAAAGAAAUCUCCCUCUGCAAGUAGAUUUUAACUUUUCUUUUUGAUACUGAAGGUGGCUCUGCUCAGAUACUAGUAUGACACCAGGUUCCUUGUCAUCCUACAAGAGCUUCACAUUGAUUUGUUUGACAUAUUGAAGUCUUUCUCACCUGUGUGUUAGAGGAACCAGGUAGCAAAUUCUUUGAAAGCAUGGGGAUCUGAAAAACAGUCCUCCUUCCCAUCAGAGGCAGUAAUACACCCCUUUUUCCUAAUUGUAUUUGACUAUUUUUGAUCUCACCAGAAAGAAUUAAUUGUUUACUGAGAUUAACUUGUCUAAAGCAGUAGCUUGCUAGGGGAAUUUAACCAUCUGAUGGUGUUAGAUAUAAGCAGAUUGAAUUAAAACAGCUUCCAGCUGUUGGGUGAACAUGAUAACUUAUCAGGGAAAGGGGAAAAGAGCUCUGAGGCACUCAUAAUUAAAAGCGCUUUAUGUCCGGUUGCUACGAACCAUGUAUUCUCUAGGUGUAAAUGUGAUUAUAUGAUUUCCCUACUGCUAGUCAAAAAGCAAUGGUUCAGUGAAGUGAGUCACUGAAAAAAUUCUAAUUAACUCCAUAACUUGUUUUUCUAAUUGGAAAAUGAUAUCUUAUACCCAUGAAAUGUAUACCACAUCUUUUUUUUUUUUUUUUAGUGUUUUCUUUAACUGAAAAUAAAACUGCAUUCCAAAACCACUUUUAUGAUCCCUGGCAGUCACAACAGGAAAUGAUUUAUAAAUGGAAGGCUACUUUUUCUGAGCUAUGUUCGUGCACUUGUUUAAAGAAUGCUGCUAAUUUACUAUAUUUACAACAGCAGAAAUCCCCUUGGUAUGUAAAUUACUAUUUUGAAAUAUGCAUACAAUAGAACCACACAGUAACUUUCUAAUUGUGUGGUUAUUGUUAUGGACUGUGAUAUUUAAUGGUACAUACUUACAAAUUAGUUGGUAAUUGGAGUUAAGUAUAAUAGUUGAAAGAUUAGUUAACUUGUUUGCUGGACUUGGGUUUUACAGGAUCUUGGUCUCAAAGACUGAAAUUAAGAGAUAAUUAUUGGGUUAUUAGCUGGUAGCUGUCACAUACACAGUCAAAAACUACAGGGUAAUUCAGCUGCUACUAUUUGUGCCUCGUAAAAUGAAGGAAUACUGAAAUGUUAUGAUCAGGCUUAGCCUGGUACAUCUAUGAGACAGGUUGAUGUGAACACUGUUGAAGACAGCUUGUUUAAAUGACAUCUGAAAUGUAUAAGAUUUGUGGGGGAGGGGUUAUGCUGAUUUAAUUCUAGCUCUCUCUUAUUUUUAAACCUUCACCGAAAGGUAGUUAAGUGUUCAGCCUGCAUUCCUGUAUACUGGUGGGAUUUGGGGUCUGUUUUGGUUUGGUUUGGUUUUAAAUCUCCAUAAUUUUUUUAUGGAUGCCAAGGGAUUAACUGGCUGUUGAUUUAUUUAGAUCCUUCAAGCUUUUCCAGCCUUAACCCCAUUCAGCAAGAGUUGUUGCUACUGUGGUGCAUCUGGAAGAACAUAUGUUAAGAGGGAAGAAAUGUUUUUGAGACUGAGAGAAUUGAGAAACAUAGUUGUUGCAUGCUCCAGCAGUUUGGUAGCAAGGGGAGAUACUUUUAGCCUUUAUUUUUCUGUUUUCUUUUUUUGUAAUUGUUUUAGAAGAUACUCUUGUUUUCUCUUCAUUUUGUAUCAGGGAUCUCACAGUUGUUCUCCUGAACAGUCUCAGUGCCAUAAAAGAAUAUGAUUUGUACAGUUGCUUUAUUUUUUUAAGUUAGUAGAUCUUUAAUGUCAUACAUUUUUUUUUUUUUAAGCCAUGCUAAAAAUAUGCAUUUUUUUGUUGUUCUAAAGUUUGCAAUAAUCAAUGAAUCCCUGUUACCUUAAUGCUUAAUAUACCAGGGGAUUUGAACAAAAUCUCAGUGGUAGAGUGAUGCUUGUAAAAAUUAUUUGAAUGAAUGCCAUUAGUAGAUGAAUCCACUUCAGUUAUUAUAACAUGUUCUUCUACAUCUGAAAUAUGUUUGUGGCUGCUGUUUAAUCAUACUGAAAAUGUAGUUAGACUUUUAUAUAUAUAUAUAUAUAUAUAUAUAUAUAUAUAUAUAUAUAUAUAUAUAUAUAUAUAUAUAUUAAGCCAAAUAUAGUUAUAGGUUAGACAGAAUGUCAGAUAUUCACCCUAUUUUGCCUUAUGUUAGUGAUGUACCGAGGAAGAAAUUGCUACUUUAAAACAUCAGAUUAUUCCUUCUUCCAGAGGUGACACGAUCAUACUGUCCAUGGAUAACAGAAAAUAAUAUGCAUUACAAAUUACUGAUGAGUACUAAUGUGGGACUUUAAAAAAAUAUACCUGAGCCUAGCUGAGGCUUCUUGUACUAUAUCUCACAUCUGUAACAUAAAUGUUUCAAGUCUGGCAUGCCAUGUCACUUGUACCCUACUGCAGAUAGAUGGCAACUGUAUUUUGACUGGGUAUUCACUUAGUUGUGGAAAUUUUGUAUCUUUGUUCUGGAAGGAUGUCUACCUUGCUUUAUUAAAGAAAGAACUAACAAAUGCAAA